AUGAACAUUGAACACGUAUUCGACACCUACGCCAAAAGUCAGCUGGCUUUCGUGCAGAGCUUCGCGGCACAGGCGGCCAAACCGACAUACGUUGAAUGCCUCAGUAAGAGUAACGCGGUCGAAAUAGUCCAGCCGCUGUUGGUCAAUAUCGACCCAGUGGUGAGGAUGAACGCAGUGCUGGGCUUGGCGAGAUUGGCUGGAAAUAGCAAAAAGUGUGCCAAACAAAUAAUGUGUGCUGACAGUCUACUGAAAGAGCUACUUGGACAGAUUUCCAAAGAAAACAAAUUUUACAAAAAAAGUUGCAUGAAUCUCAUCCGGAAUCUAAGUAAACACUUGUCGUGUUCCAAAAUGAUAAUAAGUGACUGUGAUGGAAUACACGCUAUUUUAACAUGUAUGAAGGAUUUGGACGUAACAGUCAGAGAAGUAACUUUGCAAGCAAUUAGUUACAUAGCUGGUCAAGACCCCAGUACUGCACAACUGAUCAUAAAAUCUGGUAUACUGCCUCAAAUUGUCCAAAGCUUAAAAGAGGAACGACUAAAUUUUAAAUUUUAUGCAUUGUCUACAUUAAGUGAGAUAGCCAAACACAACAUAAGAUUAGCCAAAAAAAUUGUGGAAGUGCAAACUUUACCUAACGUGAUAUGUUUUUUAUCUACCGAUUACAUCACAGACGUCAAACUUCAGGCAACUACGUUAGCAUUAAUAAAAAACAUUGCCAAGCACACGGUGUCUUUAGCCGAAAUUGUAGUUGAGACAAAACUAUUUCCAGAAGUAUUGCUACUGAUGGCGCAUCCCGAUGAAUCUAUACGUUAUAAUUCGGCUGAAGUCGUUCACGAAGUAGUGAAAUAUUCCACUCAAAUUUCUAAGAUGAUCGUGACUACUGGCGGAAUAGUUUCAUUGUUGAACGUAAUUUUGAAAAGCAAAGAAUAUCCUCCUACUCCAGCUAUACUCGCGUUGGGAUACAUAUCUUCUGUGUCACCGUUACUUGCGACGGCUGUUAUCAAGUCUAAGGUAUUGAAACAUUUGACUGCCAUCCUGAAAAGCGGUGCAGACGACGAUUUUCAAAAAGCCUGUAUAGCUUGGACAAUAGAAAUGAUAGGUCGACAUAGUUCUAAACAUUCGAAAUCCGUUUUUAAUUGUAACGCUGUGAACAUUUUGAUUGAUGUUUACAUUGACUCAAAUCCGAAGCACGAGGCAUAUCAUAACUGCAAGACUGCCAUUCAAACUGUACUGAACAAAUCCGAAGAUUUUUCUGCUAUAGAAAAAUUGUUGACGCCGUCAGUUCCUGAUCAAAUAUUGCAAUACAUACUUCUUAGAAUUAGCAAAAUGUUACCAAAAAGCUUUAAAGCACGUCGAAUUUUUAUCAAUAAUGGACAUUUGAAAAUGAUUCAAACCCUUACAACAGAUAUAAAUUCACAGUUGUAUCAAAUUAUCAGAGCUGUGAAUUGUUGCUUCCCAGAAAAUAUACUACAAAUGGUAGCUGGAGAAAUUCCAGAAUCGGUUUUGAAAAAAUUGGACAAGUUUGUGCCCAAAACUCAAUGUUUGUUAAACGAACACGACAUACAAAUGAGCAAUAGCUUCACCAACCCUAUUUAG